AGCCUGCUAUAAAACGCCUUCCCCAGAGUAGAGGAGCCAGAGGAGUAAAGCUAGUCAUUCAGAUUGGAACCUAUCAGAUCCUCAUUUGUUCUUGACGGAGUAUUUCAACAGAUCGUUUCGUGUUGCGUUAUACUACAGACGGGACCAUGAUGAUCCCAAGCAUCCUUGCGCCUAAUGCGAUGUACCCAGGCCUUUACCGCCCCUCCGCCUCCUUGCCGGUACACCAGUCCCUGCAGAACGCAUUUCCAACCCAUUCCAGCUUCCUAGUGGAGGACCUGCUGCGGAUAAGCAGGCCGGCGGGGUACCACCUCAGACGGACGCUCCCCUCAGCAAGCGUCUCCCCGGCGACAACCACCACCACCAUGUCCUUCAGUGCCAUGCCACUGGAGCGCAUCGUCUCUCCAACUGCCUUGAGGCGCGAAUCAUGCGCGCCGAAAACGUCACAACCGAGCAGUAAAGAUCCAAAGUAUCUUAAGUUUGGAGUCAGCGCAAUCCUUGCACCAUCACCAAAGACCGCAUCGUUGCCCCCCGCCAUCCACCACAGUAUGCACCCCAAGGCCUUCUCUCUCCCCUACUUCGACGGAUCCUUCCACCCCGCCUUCUUCAGGUCUGCAUAUUUCCCAGCCUCUUCAUCGGUCGUGCCCAUCCCCGGGACCUUCUCUUGGCCACUGGCCAACAGAGGGAAGCCGAGAAGAGGGAUGCUCAGACGGGCGGUGUUCUCUGACGUGCAGCGCAAAGCUCUGGAGAAGAUGUUCCAGAAACAGAAAUACAUCAGCAAACCAGACAGGAAGAAGCUGGCCUCAAAGCUCGGCCUCAAAGACUCACAGGUUAAAAUCUGGUUCCAGAACCGCAGAAUGAAGUGGAGGAACUCCAAAGAGAGGGAGCUCCUGUCGUCAGGAGGUUGUCGAGAGCAGACCCUGCCCACUAAAACGAACCCACACCCAGAUCUCAGCGACGUCGGCAAGAAGUCCUCCGCGGAGGAAGAGGAGGACGAGGUGGAUGAGGACCCAUUCGGUGCUAGAGGCGCGCCUGGCCUUUGCCAUUCCCCCGCGGCGGGGCGCGAGUUGUCUAACAGCGCCGGAUCGAACCUCUCGUCGCCAUCUCUCUCCAGCAAGCACUCGGAGUUCUCAGAAUCGGACGAAGAAGAGAUCACAGUUUCAUAAUUUAUUUGCUUAUAAAAUGGUUAUCCACAUAUUAACUGUACCUGUGUGACCAGGUUUGCCAGAGGCUGUAUCCCUUAAUUUAGACCAAUACUAAGAAGAAAUUAUUUUUUUUCAUGUUCCUCCAAUUUUUAAAACAAUGAACUUCUGUCCAAACAAUUUAAGCUAUAUCCAUGAUUAUUUCUUUUAAAAAUAACUGCAGGGUUUAUUUUAUAGGAAGGGCCGGCUCUUGCCUUUGACAGCAGAGUUUUAAAGUCAAUUUCCUUCAAUUCUACACAUUUUGCCAUGUGGCAUAUGGAAAAUGAGGCAGUUUUAAAGCACGUUUUCCGCAGUUCUAUAUAUUUUGCCAUGGGGUGGAAAGAAAAGGUUGUAAUUUUAUUCUACAUUUCAUGCAAUUCCACUCAUUUUGCCGUGGGGCUGAGAAACAUUUUUGCCGUUUUAAAGCAAGUUUUCUGCAGUUCUACACAUGUUGCCAUGGCACAGAGAGAAAGUGUUGAAAUGUUAUGUCAUUCAGUUCCAUUCAUUUUGCCAUGACAUGUCAUGUUAAUGCUAUCAGAGUGAGAGUGACUAACACAAUUAAUGGGGCCCUCAGCCAUGAUUUUCUACAAGUUUUGAUAACUGCCUAGACUAACUUACCGAUCUAAAAAUUGUUUGCAGGAAUGGCUCAUUGAGUGACU